UAGAUUGCCCAGCAUGGUUGGCUGCCUUGAGUCCAUACAAAAUUAGUUGUAUAUGAUGUCAGCUGAUGGUGUUACGAUGAAGUGAUAUAGACAAUGUACGUGGUUGUGAGGUAGUAGGCUUCGUAGCGUAAACAAUGCAUCUAUAACGUCCAUUGAUCAAUGUAACCAUGGCAUACCAAACAUUCCUACAAGAAUACAUGCAGAUGCCAGUUGUGACCAGGGCGUACACAACGGCCUGUGUGAUUACAACUUUGGCUGUUCAUCUGGAUCUGGUGUCACCUUUCCAACUUUAUUUCAACCCAAUACUGAUAAUGGAGCAAUAUCAGCUUUGGCGACUGGUGACAACAUUCCUGUUCUUCGGCACAGUGGGCUUUAAUUUUUUCUUCAGCAUGAUAUUUACGUAUAGAUAUUGUCGCAUGCUGGAGGAAGGCUCAUUUCGUGGCAGAACAGCAGACUUUGUUAUGAUGUUCCUAUUUGGAGGAUUUAUGAUGAUUCUUUUUGCGUAUUUUAUUAAUCUGCUCUUUCUUGGACAAGCAUUUACAAUAAUGCUAGUAUAUGUGUGGUCUCGAAGAAAUCCAUUUGUGCGAAUGAAUUUUUUUGGCCUAAUGAAUUUCCAGGCUCCCUACUUACCAUGGGUACUCCUUGGCUUCUCAGUACUGCUGGGAAACUCCGUUUGGUUGGACAUAGUAGGGAUGGCUGUUGGGCAUAUGUACUACUUCAUUGAGGAUGUCUUCCCAAAUCAGCAAGGUGGAUUCCGCCUGCUCUCCACACCACAGUUGCUGAAGACGUUGUUUGAUGCGCAGAAUGAUCCUGACUACACACCGCUACCUGAGGAACGCCCAGGUGGAUUUAAUUGGGCAGAAGCUGAACAGCCUGACCAGCCGCAGUGAAUUUGUGCAUGUGCCAGUCAAAUAAAACAGUUUCCUUCUCUAUUCUCUGCACAGACUCUGCAGACUACUUUCAUAAUUAUUGAGAAGGGGGAAAAAGAGCCUAUUGUUAGACCUGGCAUUGUGGUUCAGAUCACAAUCAGUGUAACCUCUACUGUUCACCAUAGUUUGUAAAUACUGAACCGCCUCUGGUGCAGUGAGGCUAUGGGGCAGUUUAUAACUGCUGGGUCAACUUUAUUAAAUCUCUUUGUGAUGUUCAAUUAAUCACAAUCUCACCAAAGAAAAAAGCACAUAAUAAAUGCAGUGGAAAACUGAGUGAUUCUUCCUUCUGUGAUGUGGAUGUGCUCUACAUACGUAAGUAAAAGUGAGUUUUAUUCCAAGAGCUAUAUAUAUAUUCACACUGUUGGAUGGUAAGGUGUUAGAUUUUGAUCUACUCUAAAAUUCAGUGACUGUCAUACACUUGACUGUCUCAUUUAUGCACAAAAAUGUAUCCAAUGGAUGUGUUUGGAAUGAAAUGAGAUGUUUACCAAAUGUAAUUAAAUAUUUUAUGUGUAA